AUGUCCCUCCGAUCCCGCAUCCUCCUCGCCGGCGACAUCCACUCCAAAGUCGACAACGUCUACCGCCUCGCCAUGGCCCUGCAGACUAAAAAGCUGAUGCCGAACCUAGUGAUUCUGACGGGCGACCUCAUCAACGCCAACCACGACUAUCAAUCCCCGUCGUCACCAUCAUCCUCCUCAGUCUCAUCACAAUUGACCCGUAUGCGAACAACAGCCGAAGAAACCCAAUUCCGCGCCGUGCUCACCGCAUUCGGGAGUAUAUCCAGGAAUGUGAUGUACGUGCCGGGGAAUCAUGACCCGAGGGAGGCGUUUCCGGAUUUGGUUCCUGCGGUUGAUUUGGGGGUGAGGGACGAGGGGAGGGAAAGGAGGGACAACGGGGAGGAAGCGUUGAAACAUGCGCCGUUGUGGCAGCGGAUGAUGUAUGAGACGGGCGCUGUGAAUUUCCAUUCGAGGCUUGUGCGGUUAGCCCCGAACCUCGUAAUGGCCGGUCUAGGCGGCUCCGUCCCGCAAACCGACUACAACCGCCCCAACACCACAAUCCAUCCAGGCUAUCCCUACACCGACCCCCUCCUAAAAACCGCCCUCCUCAAUCUCCUCCGCGCAAAACGGCACUUCCUAACCCUCCACCCCGCCUUCAACAUCAUCGCCAAAUCCCAUCGGCGCGCUGACACAUCUCCCUCCUCACUCCCGUCCGCUCCCACGACCCCAACAGACCCAGACACACACAUCCUAAUAACCCACUGCGGCCCCGCGCGCUGCGCCACGACCGACACAUACCCCAAACCAUGGCUCUGUGAUUCGAAGAGGAUCGAGAGCGGAAGUGAUGGGGUUAGGAGUGUUGUCACCCAUAUGUGGUGUCAGGGUGUGCAACCACCCCCACCGUCAUCCACCUCGCAAAUCACAACCCCCACGGGUGAUACCCAACAGCAACCGCCGCUAUUAUUCCACGCCCACGGCCACGCCCACACCUCCUGGGGCCUGUCCCAGCUCGGCAACGUGCCUGUGAUUAAUCCGGGGGCGUUGAGGGACGGGCGGUAUGCGGUUGUGACGGUGGAGAGGAGCUGGGGGGAGGAGGGGAGGGUUUGGAGGGUUGAGGAUGUAAGGUUUGGGUGUGUUAGGUGA